ACACCCAUGCUUUAGCAGCGGAGUUUGCGUGUUAGCAGAAGGGUAGCUGAGUAGCACCAUGGCGGUGGCUGUGCGAGCUUUACAAGACCAGCUUGAAAAAGCGAAGGAGAGUUUGAAGAAUGUGGACGAGAAUAUAAAGAAGUUAACCGGCAGGGACCCGAAUGAGUUACGGCCGGGUCAGACUAGGCGGCUUUCCAUCACAGGCCCAGGUGGAGGUAGGGGCAGAGGAAUCAACAUACUGAGGCGUGGACUCUCCGAUAGCGGUGGAGGACCCCCAGCCAAACAGAGGGAUAUUGAAGGGGCACUCUUGAGGCUGGCGGGGGAUCAGCGAGCCAGGAGAGAUUCACGGCAUGACAGCGACGCUGAGGAUGAGGACGAUGUCAAAAAACCAGCGUUGCAGUCAUCAGUAGUCGCUACCUCCAAGGAGCGCACACGUCGAGAUCUUAUUCAAGAUCAGACCAUGGAUGAGAAAGGGAAACAAAGAAAUCGCCGCAUGUUUGGUUUGUUGAUGGGAACAUUACAGAAAUUUAAGCAGGAGUCAACCGUGUCCACAGAGAAGCUAAAAAGACGGCAGGAAAUUGAGCAGAAGCUGGAAGUACAAGCAGAACAAGAGCGUAAGAAAGUAGAGAGUGAGAGACGCGAGCUAUUUGAGGAGAGACGAGCCAAGCAGACAGAGCUCAGGCUUCUGGAGCAUAAAGUGGAGCUGGCUCAACUGCAAGAGGAGUGGAACGCCCACAACGCCAAGAUUAUCAAGUUCAUUCGGACAAAGACCAAGCCUCCACUCCUCUACCUGCCGGGUCGCAUGUGUUCAGCCACGCAGAAGCUCCUGGAUGAGUCUCAGAAAAAAAUGAACGCCAUGUUUGAUGAGAGGCGCGAAGCAUUUGCCGAGCACCUGAACAAGAUGGAGGCUCGGCCGAGGCGUCAGUCUCAGCGUGCUGGCAAAAAGGAAACGGAGAACACUGAAGGGCGGAAGAAAGAAGAUGAAGAGGAGGGUAAGCAGAAGGAAAGGUUGACAGGUAAACGACAUGAUGUGGAGAUGGAGGAGGAGGACGAGGAGGAAGCAGAGGAGGAAAUGGAAGAGAGGGAAGAGAGUUCAGAGGUCAGGGAGGGAGAGGGGGAGGGAGAGCGAGAGCAGGAACAGAAGGAGGAGGAAGUGAGGGAGAAAGAUGAGAGGAAGGGCGAGAAGGAUGAGAGAGAUGAGGAAGAGGGAGGAAAGGCAGCAGUGGAGGAUGGAGAGGUAGAGGAGAAUAUGGAGGUUGAUGUGGUAGUGAGGGAUUUGAAGGUAGAGCAGCAGCAGCAGCAAGAAGAGCAGGAAAAGAGUCCAGAGGUAGAAGGGAUAGGUAAAGACAGGGAGGAAGAGAAAGAGAAGGAGCAAGAGAAGGAGAGCCAUCAGGAAGAUGAUGCGGAGUCCCUGAAAACCCCUGAAAACAACACAGACGUUCAAGUCGAUGAAUCUAAAGACCCUCCUGUUGAAGUUUUCUCACAACCUACAACUAAAGACAGCACGGAGCCAGGGGGUGCUCUGGAGCCCCAAACACACACUGAACAACCAGAAGAAGACUCAAAGCAGCCACAGGAAGUAGUCAUGGAGACUCGAGAAACAAAGAAUGCCGAGGAGGAAGUGGACGAGGCACGAGGUCGAGCUAAAACAAGGACGUCGCAGAGCAGAAGCCAGAAGAGUAGCAGCAGUUCCUCCUCAAGCUCCUCGUCCAGCUCCUCGUCCAGCGGCUCAAGCUCAUCCUCCAGCAGCUCCAGCAGCUCUUCAUCGGCCUCGUCUUCAUCGUCGUCGAGCUCUCGUUCACGCAGCCGCAGCAGAGAGCGCCGCAGGAGGAAUUCAGAACGGAGGAAGAGCGACAGGAGUCAGAAGACUAGUAAAAGCAGUGGCGGGCACAGAGAAAGGAAAGAGAGGUCCAAAGAAAAGGACAGGAAGCGAACGGGCUCGGAUGGAAGCAGGUCGGGAAAACGGUCAUCACGCAGCGAGCGGGACCGAAAAUCGGACCGAAAAGAGAAAAGGCGCUGAAGAAAAGUAACAUCUUUUGUAUUAAAAAAAAAAAAAGACGAGUCUGAGAAUUCUGUCUAUGGUGAGGAGGUGAACUUGCCUUAAGAUAACUUCCUACUCUUUUUAAAGUAAGAUCACGCACCUGGCCGGGGUUGGGUGUGUGUGUGUGUGGCUUCUUUUUUGGGGGGGGAUAAUGACCUUACAUUCAUCUCACUUCCUGUGCUUGCUUCUCUUAAUUUUUAGCUUUUAUACACGGUGAUUUAUUUUUAUUUUUUUUUUAAAUCUCCUGUUAACACUUGUUCUAAAUUGUCCCAUUAUCUAAUAUCUGACUCCUAGACAUUGGAAGAAUCGUCCAUGAUGCGUUUCCCGUACUGAACAUGAGCAUUUUUGACCUCCGUAUUGUUGGUUGUCAUGUCAGUCAUAUGGUAGAGUAGUGAUCUUGUUUUGGCUACUUGUGCAGUGCAGAUGUCUGUUUUCAGUUUCUCUGUAAAUGUCAGGCGUCCAUUGUGCCGAGUGAAGCGCAACAUCCCUGAUUUUUUUUUUUGGAGAAAGCUGCUGACCUUUUGUAUAAAUCAAGCAUAAUAUGUUGGAGGGGAGGGGGAGUUGAAUAAAAUGCAAAAAAAAAAAACAAGCAAAACGAAAAA